AUGCGUGCUUUGAUUGUAUUGUAUUUAACGGCAACAGUUAGUGCCGCUCGCUUGGGCUAUAACUACAGACCCGGCAGCACGGCCAUUGUCACCGAUGCCAUUGACAAUACUGCCGGCUUGGUAUCUGGUCUAGGUGGCCCAGUAAGCUACAACGUGGCGCCCCAAGGCGGCAUUCAUAAGGAAUUCUUUUCAUUCCGUGCCAAUGAGGCAGACUUUGACGAUCCUGAUGCAGCACGAAAGAUAGCUGCUGCGGUUAAAAAGAGCGUGCGUGUAAUCUUUAUCAAGGCUCCGGAGAAUCGCGGCUACGAGAAGGCUGUCCUGGCUCUGGCCAAACAGGCUGCCGAGCAGCAGACUGCAAUCUAUUUGCUUCACAGGCAACCCGACCUCGACGAAUUGGCAAACAAAUUCAAUGCCGUGCGUCAGAAUGCGAAUGCCAAGCCCGAGGUGCACUUCGUUAAGUACCGCACCCCCGAAGAUGCUGUCAAUGCACAAAAAGCUAUCCAGAGCCAAUAUGAUUCGCUUGGUGGCACUAGUCAAAACAUCAACGGUGGCAUCGCCAAUGCCCUCAACUUUGCAUCCCGUUCAUCGUCGCCUGUCCGCAAUGGACAGAUCCAGGAGCCCGACACCAAUUACUUACCGUCAUCAAUUCUGAAUCGUCUGCGCCAUAAAUAG